GUUUACGCGGCUGGUAGGCCUAUCCUCCAUUUUGUGGGACGCUGCUUGGCGGGAAGGUUGCUGUGAAGGCUGCUCCUCUCCUCCUCCGCCAUGACGGACCGGUACACGAUCCACAGCCAGCUGGAGCACCUGCAGUCGAAGUACAUCGGGACGGGGCACGCGGAUACGACCAAGUGGGAGUGGCUGGUCAACCAGCACCGCGACUCCUACUGCUCCUACAUGGGCCACUUCGACCUCCUCAACUACUUCGCCAUCGCCGAGGACGAGAGCAAGGCCCGCGUCCGCUUCAACCUCAUGGAGAAGAUGCUCCAGCCCUGCGGGCCCCCCGCAGACAAGCCCGACGAGGCCUGAGACGCCGGGGACCUGGAAGGGAGGGAGGCGGAGAGAGAGAGAAGGGGAGCCAAGGACCCACAUCGGAUCCCCCCUCACCCCCCGCGCCUGGCUGAAGUGCUCCGUGGAGAAAGUAGACUCCUUUCGCCUUAUGGACCUCCCUGAAGCCUCCGCCCCGAAAUGGAUCCUGAGCAGCCCCUCAGGCCCAGGGAGACCCAGAGGGUGGCUUCCCUUCGGACACUCAAUUUGCUUUGGCUUCAAGGACACUCAGCUUCUUCCUUUGUAGCGUUUGGGGGCAUUUCAGCCCACUUAAUAAAACGCCCCUCCCAGGUGCUUCCUUUUUUCCUCUCACCUGUUUGUCUGGAUGUUGUAAUUCGCCUUGGGCCCCAAAUUGGGAGAAAGGCAGGAUAGAAAUAAAGGAAGAGAGAGGGAGAGAGAUUGAAGCAGCGGGAAGGACCCACUUUGGGGACACCCUCACCCUCUGUGCCUGGCUGAGGAGAGGCAGCUCCCAAGCCCAUCCUGGCAAACAUGAGCUCCCAUUGCCGCCAGACCUCCACUCCAAGGCGAAUCCUGAGCACCUGCCUCUGUCCCUCAGGCCCAAGGAGACCCAGAGGAUGGCUUCCCUUUGGACACAGAAUUGGCUUUGGUUUCAAGGACUCGCAGCUUCUCUUUUGUAGCCCUUUGGAGGCAUUUCAGCCCACUUAAUAAAACGCCCAUCCCAGGUG